AUGCACCGGGCUUUUCUAUUAGUUCCGCCUGGUCACACUACAGCGACUUUCCCGGGCAGCGCAGAACAAAACACAAUGAACGGAAGCAGUGUUGUGGAGCCACCCGACUUCCAGGCAGCCACUGCGGCCGCAGCAGCGGCAGCACGAGCUAGCAGCUCCGAGCAGGAUGAGUGGAGCGCCAGCGAGUGCGGUUUCCUUGAUCCGGAGGUCCAACGGGUCAUGCGGAGCGGCAGUGCCGCAGAGGACAUCACCCAGUAUCCUAUGCAUGGAUGGGUGGAUGUCACCAAAGAGUUCCACGACGCCUGUGCGGAGCUGCAGCCGGGUGAACUGGCCCAGGACAUGCUCUUUGGUCUUUUCGAGGCCAUGUCCGCCAUUGAAAUCAUGGACCCCAAGAUGGAUGUAGGAAUGGGCUUCGACAGGCAGGAUCUGCCGCCGCCCUCCUUCGAGGCGGCCAUAGCUAUGGGCGCCAUCAAGCUAGAUGAUCUCACGCCCUCCGAACUGAUAGGAAUCUUUGAUGCUCUCUUCUCUUGCAUCGUGUCCUGGCUGGAGGGCAACUCCAUGGACCAAGUGCUAUUCACCUGCCUGUACCUGCACGCUCCGUCCAAGAUUAAGGACAAGGCGCUUCGAGUCUUUUGUACUGCCGUGCGCAAUCUCAUCGUGGUCAUCAAAAACAUCAUAGCCGGGGCCGCCGUCAACGAGGAGGAGGAUUUUCAGCUAUAUGGAAACUCUGCUCUUUUAGGCGCCGAAAAGGCUCAACCUUCUUCUGUCUUUGGAUCACUCAAGGAGGUUGAGGACGAGCUUGUGCGAAAAUGCAAGCAGCUUGCGGCACCAGAGGAUUGGAUGGCGGUUGUGCAUCGGCUGCGUUUCAUGCGGCAUCUCUUCCAAGUCAUCUACCAAGUGGAGCAAAUGGCAACCAUUGAAAGCAGCGAGGAUACCAUGAAUGAAAUCUACAAAAACCUCAAUGUUGCCUCCGAGCUCCUGCCUUUGAUACGAAGGACCUUGGAUAGGGGUACCCAACCUGAAAAGGGCUCCGAUGCACCGAAUCCUAUGGGCUUCUCUCCGCGCAUCCACGACCGAAGCCAACCUCCUGCAUUUCCGCGUAGCAUAAAGAUCAGGGACCGCCCGGCCAGUUAUCAAUUUCUGGAGGAGAUGGUUUCCCGCUUUAAAUACGCCUGCAAAGUCAUUAGGCAUAAGGAUUACUACUCGGCGCUGAACUUCUUCAUCGAGUACAGCAAAAAGUCGGGUCAGUGCAUUUUGUCCAGGAGUGUGCUACAGAGUCUUUUCAGCGCCAACAUUCGGCUGGCGCACGGAAAGCAGCCCAUGAAGCAAUUCCUACGCCAUUCAGUGCAAAUCUUCAACUCACCGCCCGUUCUGAAUACCAAACACCCUGUAGCCGCUGAUCCCAAGGUUCAACAGCACCUGGAGAACUUCUUCCGAUACUGCAUCAAUAUGAACACCUUCACGCAAUUCAUCCGCAUCUGUGGCUUCAAUCGCGCUCGCCAGCGGGACAAGCUGGCGCGGCUGAUCGAGAACUUUGAUACCAUUCAAGUGGACGCGGCGCGGCUAGACUCUGUAAUGAAUCAACUGGCCAACGAGAAGGCCAUGGAGGGCAACGAGCCUCUGGCCACAGCCCUAAAACACAGCACUCACUUCUCCACGUGGGUCCUGUACAACUGCUUCCGUGCAAUGCUCAUCUUCCUCAUGUCCGGCUUCGAAUUGGAACUGUACGCCGUGCACGAGUUCCUGUACAUUUACUGGUAUCCAUACGAGUUCCUAGUAGGCUUCCUCGUCUCUGCUCUCACGCGAACCGAGAACAUCCUGCUGGCCCAGGAGGAGUACGCCGAGCAUCAGAGCAAGAUUCAGUCCAACAGUGGUAGCGGUGGAGCUGCUAAGAACCGCAAAGCGGCCAAGCCGAAGAAAAAUAAGAAGCAACAGCGACCAUAUCGCGCCGAAAUAGUCUUUCACCACGCCCUGCUGAGCCUCUGUGGGGGCAUGUACAAGGCGAUGGGAGCUCUGACCAAAGAUGGACGCGUGCGUCUGCCGCUGUCCAAGUUCGACAAUGAGGAGAUUCGCUACAAUCGUCGCUUCCUGCCAUUCGCCGCCCUCACCAGUCCUCCACCCGUCUCGUAUGCGGAAUUCAAGAACAUCAGGGACCACAUGAUGCGACCCAGUGCUGAGGAGCUCUAUAGCUAUGCGGCCAAGCACUUUGACCAGGCGCGAAACGUCCUGGAAAGCAUCCAGAACCCAGAUCAGGAGAUGCUGGAUCUUCUGCAAAUUGCACGCACCAACUUUGUGGUGAUGAACGUACUGGCCCGCGGGCACCAGAAGGAAGUGAAACGACAGCCCGAAUUUGACUUCUCCAAACACAGCUAUUUCCCAAUCAUUAAACUGAAGUAGAUCGUGUUCUUGUGUUCCGCAAUUGACAAAAUAAAUUUAUAUGUAUGCAUUUUAA